GGCGGGCGCGCGUGCGCAGUGCGGGCCUGGCGGGGACGAUGGUGCUGAUCAAGGAAUUCCGAGUGGUUUUACCUUGCUCAGUGCAAGAGUAUCAAGUUGGGCAGCUUUAUUCUGUGGCAGAAGCUAGCAAAAAUGAAACAGGCGGUGGAGAAGGAAUCCAGGUCUUGAAGAACGAACCAUACGAAAAGGAUGGUGAGAAGGGACAAUACACUCACAAAAUCUAUCAUUUAAAGAGUAAAGUUCCUGGGUUUGUAAGGAUGAUUGCUCCAGAAGGCUCCCUGGUGUUCCACGAGAAGGCUUGGAAUGCGUAUCCCUACUGUAGAACAAUUGUGACAAAUGAAUACAUGAAAGAUGACUUCUUCAUAAAAAUUGAGACCUGGCAUAAACCAGAUUUGGGGACAGCAGAGAACGUGCACAAUUUAGAUCCAAACACAUGGAAGAGUGUUGAAGUUGUCCAUAUUGACAUUGCAGAUAGGACUCAAGUAGAACCAGGAGACUACAAAGCUGAUGAAGACCCUGCACUAUUCCAGUCAGUUAAGACAAAGAGAGGACCUUUGGGGCCAAAUUGGAAGAAAGAGCUCGCAACUGAUGAAGAGUGUCCUAAAAUGUGUGCUUACAAGUUGGUGACUAUCAAAUUUAAAUGGUGGGGGUUGCAGAACAAAGUUGAGAACUUCAUACAAAAGCAAGAAAAAAGGAUAUUUACCAACUUCCAUCGCCAGCUGUUCUGUUGGAUUGACAAGUGGAUUGAUCUGACCAUGGAAGACAUUAGGAGAAUGGAGGAUGAAACCCAGAAGGAGCUGGAAGCAUUACGUAAUCAAGGCCAAGUCAGAGGAACAAGUGCUGCCAAUGAUGAAUGAUGAUGGAGCUGCCCGUCACAUGCAGUGUUGCUCUCCAGAUGUGUGUGUGGAUGCAUGAUUACUUGUAUAUAACUCUAUAUACGCACAUGCAUACUGAAGGGGUUCUUGCCGUGUCUCCAGGGUACUCACCUGUCCUCAGCCAGAUUCCAAGGAAACUUUGCUUUCAUUAUGUAUUCCUGAAGCAAAAUAAAAAACAAAAUCACUGAGUAGUGUCAUUUAAAGGAUGAGUUAACUGCAGGAUUACUCUAACUGGUAUGUUUCAUGAAUGUCAAUAACUUGGACCAAUUUACUAUCCCACUUGUUUUGUUUUCUUCCCCUCCCUGUCCUGAGUAACUCUGCUCUAACUUGCCCCUGGCUCACUGUAAAGAAACUGAUUGGAAGAGGUUAAUUCCAGUUUCCUGCCUUCCCCAUGUGAUUAUUUUUGGAAUAGGAACAAUGAAUGUAUUUAUAGCUAUUUAUUUCUGGAUUGUCAUUAUCCUAUAGUCAAAGCAGGAGAAAAAAAAACCCCAAACCCAACCAACUUUCUAUGAGUAGGAAA